AUGAGUACUACUUUGAAUCAGGAUCACCAAGCUGCAGAGGGCCUUGCAAGUUUGGUGAAUAACUACGGCGACAUGGAUCGGUAUCGAGGUGAUGUGAUACCUCAACAACAGUCGCCCGGAAGCCCCGUACCCAAGAAUGUCGCCUUCGAGCUUCUUCUCGAUGAGAACUCCAAGAUCCGUGCUAGAAUUCCUAUGCGAGUUCAGAUAUUCCCACACGAUACGACUGACUCUAUCGUGACCACCGUCAAAAACUUUUAUGGUAUCUAUGACGGUGUCGCUAGCGGUGUGAGCUUCGAAGAUGAGCACGGCACCACGCUCAUUGCGAGAUAUGAAAAUUUGAGAAACAACAUGACUGUAUACGUUCGGGUAAUACCUGUGCAUAGCUAUGCCGAUAACUAUGAACCACACUAUCACGGCGUGGCUCCAUUGGAUGGUCGCAAGCGUCCCAGUCUUGGAGAGCCCUUUCAGAUGGUGCCACCCGCCGGGCAAACACACCCUUAUGGCCCCCAAUCAUCUCGUCCGUUAUCGCGCACUCGGAGAACGAGUACUUCUCCUUCUGGAAGGGGUCGACGCAGCGCAUCGCAGCACAAAGGCCAUACAAGAAACAACAUCAAGAGUCGAGGAUCUAGUGCACACGGUAGCUUCGUCGAGGACCCGAUCGCUGGAUAUAGCGACAGCGAGGGCGGUCAUGGCUCUGUCAGUGGCUCUAGAAAGGCUAGGAGCGAGCAAUUUGCGAGCUCUGAUAUCAGCAUGGACAAUAUUGUUCAGGAAAGCCGUCGCAAAAAGCCCAAGUUUGAGAGCUCGGAAUUGCCGCUUUUUGCACCUCCCCAGGUACCUUUGACGGCGUCGACGUCCUCCAUUUCUCCACAACGGCGAUCGACAGGUAACGAUGGCGAGCCGUCGCCGUUCGCUAGACCUACACAUCGUCCCUUCAAUACUAGACCUCCGCUGCCAUCUCCUCAGAGCUAUGGUCAUAGCGAGCACGGUUUUGGAAGUACCUCGGCAAAGAACCCCAUCUACUCGAAUUCGGUUUUUGCAGAGAAUGCGACCCGUUUCCGUCCUUCGGCCGGCUCAAUCCCAGGUUCUGGCAACCGCCAACCCAUCCCUGGGAUUCUUCCCACACCAGAUCCCACAAUCGCCAGUUGUAUAUCAGAUGAGGAUGUGGCAAUGCAAUUGAUCCGCCUUGGAGAUGCAUCAAACUUCUCACACGGCCGCAAUUCCACCUCGACGCUGGAUGAUGCCUUCAGCGGCGCAGCCGAUGCCUCCUCGACUGGCGCAACAAGUGAUGGAGAGUUCAGCGAGAAUGAUGAGGACCAUGAGCUCCCUGCGCGAUCCAGACAACGCGUUGAAUCUAGUCCACUGCUCCCUCCUGGUCACAUCAAACAGAAUUAUAAGGGAUUAGACGAUAUUCUUCCCAGCUAUGACAGCACCAGCGCUGAUGAAGGCGACGAAUAUCUCCAGAAUGGCGACCAUAUCAAGGAUGAAUACCACGAUGAUGAUUAUGAUGGUUCUGAUGCGCCUCGUACAAAGAAGCAGAAAGUAAAGUCUGACGGCGUCGCUUCAAGCAAGAGCACCCGCGUUCCAAAAUCUGCCCCAAUGAAAUCUACGAAGAAUGGGAAGGUUCGCGCCACCAACGGUACUGUUGCUCGCAAGUCUAAACCAACCCUCCCAACAACUACAGGGCCGAAGAACGAGGUCCCUAUACAGACCUUGAGCCCCGCUUCAUCACGGAAGACAUCUGGGUCAGGCGUCAACUUUCAGCACCAACUUGCUGCGGAUGAGGAAGAUCUCUCUACAAAACCUCGCUGCCAGCGUUGCCGCAAGAGCAAGAAGGGUUGCGACCGCCAACGACCGUGUGGUAGAUGUAAGGACGCAGGAAUCGGCAUCGAAGGCUGCAUCAGCGAGGACGAGGGGAAUGGGCGCAAAGGUCGCUAUGGCCGGCAUAUGGGUGUUCCCAUAAAGAAAUCAUCCGAGCCUAAUGUAGCAGUCGAAGCGACAGGACUGCCGGUGUCUACGGUUCCAUCGGCUUCGACCCUCUCUUCAGUCCUGGGCGAUAAGAACAAGAAGCGCAAACGGUAA